AUGAAGCGGAUCCCGCACGGAAAAUCAGAAAUUUACGGUCCAACACAACUCUACAAUGAAACAGAGCCAGCCUGGACAGAAUCGAGUUAUCGAACAGAACCUGUUGUAUACAAUUCACCGGACAGUGACUUAUGUGUGUUCACAGCGGAACAAGUGGAGUGCAUCUGUGAAGUUCUAUACGUCCGGAAUGAUACAGGACAAUUACGUCGAUUCUUCACCAAACUCCCGUCGCACAUGAACCCUCUGCUUGAGAACAUGGAAAGCGUCCAGAAAGCAAAAGCCUUAUUAUCGUUCGCGGACGGAAACUGGGAUGAACUAUUCCGCAUACUUAAAUCUUUCAAGUUCAGUCCACAUUGUCACUCACAGCUUCAACAGCUAUGGUUAGAAGGCCAUUAUGCAGAAGCUUCUCAAAGCAGAGGACGUCCUCUGGGGCCGGUUGGGAAAUAUCGCAUCCGAAAACGGUUUCCGUGGCCUAGAACCAUUUGGGAUGGAGAUGAGGUUACUUACUGCUUCAAAGAAAAAUCCAGACACGUGUUAAGAGAGUCUUUUCUUAGGAAUCCCUAUCCGUCUCCCUCAGAGAAACGUGAAUUGGCCAAUAGGAUUGGUCUAACACCGACCCAAGUGUCAAACUGGUUCAAAAAUCGACGACAGCGAGGACGAGUUAAUGGAUGUACGGAUUCUCUGGUAAGUCUGUUCAGAUAUCUGUCCGUACAACCAGCUGAACAAUCCUCAUCUUAG